AUGGAGGUGCGAAACAGUCCAGCAAGCAAACGGCGGAUUGCUAAGAAGCGCGUCCGAGUUACGCGGGCUUGUGAUGCCUGCAAAAGGAAGAAACUGCGCUGUAGUGGGACAUUACCCUGUCCGACGUGCCUCAAAACUAACAAAGCGUGCGAGUACACUGCCGAGUAUAACAGGGGCAAGCCCCCUCAGGUCCACAUCGCUCAGCCAUCAGUACAGGGCAAUGAACAGCAACAGAAAGCUGCAGCCGAGGGGGGCAGCACACCUCCUGCACCAUAUGCGCAUAUUCUGGAGCGCUAUAGCAUGCCCGACAGCCAGAUAGACAAUCCGCCCUCUCACGCCUCGCCUGAGCAUCAAACGGACUUGGAGGGCCAUUAUGUCGGUCCUUCGUCUGGGGUAUCCUUUCUCCUCCGAGCGCAGCGGAGACUCCAAAAAUAUGUCGCGUUGCCAACUAACACGCCGAUAUUUACGUUCGGAGACUCUCCACUCCCGGACGUUGAGUCGAACUUCAUGCUAUUGCCUCCCCGGAAUGAGGCCAAUGCGCUCUUGGCCCGGUACUUUGACUUCGCCUUUCCCACACAUCGCUUUCUCCAUCAGCCCCAGGUUGAGGGCUGGGUUGAAGAAUUCUAUCGCGCUGUGCAAGAGUCGGAGGCAGUCAGUCCCGGCAUGCGGGGAAGAAGGGCAGUGGUACUUAUGGUCUUCGCUCAGGCAAGACAAGGCCAGCCUGACAGGGACCAAUCGUCCGUCCGAUCUUUGAUUAGUAGGUUCGCUGGCACGGAAUCCUUUCCAACAGGUUUGAUCAACUCACGAAUGGCCAGUGCGGGCUACUUUACAGCCUCGGAGCAACAGCUCUCCGCCGAGACGGGACCCGUGCGAAUAACCAGCGUUCAGGCACGGCUGGCCCAGUGCUUCUAUCUUCUGUCUCAAUCUCGCAUCAACCACUGUUGGAGUUUGUUCGGAACCACUGCUCGACUGGCCAUGACCAUCGGUUUGCACCGUGCAAGAAGACGUGAGUAUGGUGCCAAGAUCGAUCAUAUCGAAGCUGAAAGUCGGAAGCGCGUCUUUUGGUGUGCCUACAGCUUAGAUAACUAUCUGAGUGCUGCUUUGGGCCGCCCUCGGAUAUUUCACGAUGAUGACAUUGAUCAAGACUUUCCUACUGUUGCUGAUGACUCGUGGAUUCUCAGAGACCGAAUCCUCACCCCCGUGUCGACGACCCAGAGUAUAAUGCUUGCCCCUCUUUACCAUGCCAGGUUGUCCGUCAUAAUUGGUCGCAUACUCCAUGACAUAUAUGGAGUUCGCAGAGGUGGCUUACAAGCGGAAGUAUCCGCCGCCGCUCAACACGGUGCUGAACUUAUCAGUUGGCGUCAAGAGAUUUCCAACUUCCUCGACACCCCAAAUGUGGAUCUUUUGAUGUUGACGUACCAGCGCCAAUACACAGUGCUAAACUUGGCCUUCUAUCACGCACAAAUACUACUCUACAGGCCAUUUAUCCUGCGCAAUUUUGGGAUCAUCAGUCACGAAAGUCCACGAGAUGGCCCGUCCAAUAAACCUGUCGACGAUUAUAUCGAGAUUUGUCUUGACGCGGCCAUGAGGAUUGCCGCCAUUAUCCGCGAGCUUUGCGAGAAAAGGCGGAUGUACAACACGUUCUGGUUCACACAUUACUACGCGUUCUCAGCAAUUAUGAUUCUGUAUUUCCGAGUCAUCCAGCUGUGUGCCCAGAGGGGCAAUGUAGAGGAAGUAUGCCUCAAAUAUCUGCGGAGAGGGGAGUGCGCCCAGCAAGAUCUCGCUAGCUGUAGCUCCCACUCUUCUUUCGUACAGCGCUACAUCGUUGUUCUCGAGGAGCUUCGCCAAGAGGCGCGAACGGCAGUUAAUCAGCCUCUCCCCCAUGAUCAUAGGAUCUCACACAUUGGGGCUCUAGACUACGAGGAAACAAUCCUCCCGGGUGAACCUACACUUAAUCAAACCGAAAUAGCUGGCGGAUUACAGAGUGGCAGCCUGGUACCUCCUAUGAUGGAGGGCAAUCUUUCCCAAUGGGAACAAGAUUUAACUGAGGAUGGCUUUACUGCGCCUGGCCUUUCAGGAUCUGCAGAAUGGGAAGAAGUUGACUCGUUAGCUAUCGCAGGACUGGGGGAGUUAGACUACCUGUUCCCUCAUAUAGACCAUCCUGGAAAAUAG